GUGGCGGCCGGUCGUGUAGUAUACUUACUUUACUCUUUGGUGUAGGAAUAAAAUUCAGGUGCUCUGUGGAGUGAUCAUUUUGCUUCGUGGGCUUGGUUGGAGUUGGCGUAUAUUCGUUAACUUGUUAUUCGCCGUCAUUUUCGGAUUGGGUCGAAGUCCAAAGUCCUUCCUCGCCAAGUUUAUUAAUUCUUAAUAAACUAAAUACCCUUAUUUUUCAAAGAAGAACACAAAAUGAAUCCUGUUACUCAAGUAGCUCGAGCAUCCCGACCAAUCUUCAGGUCGAUUGCAACUUCUUCACCUUUGGCAUCUGCUGCAAAGCCUAUCCCUACAACUGGAUUCUGCUUUGAAUUAAGUGAUGAGCAAAAAGCACUCCAAGAUUUGGCUAGAAAGUUCACAAGGGAGGAGAUUAUACCAAUGGCCACUCAUUACGAUAAAACUGGAGAAUAUCCCUGGCCUAUUGUUAAGAAGGCCUGGGAAAUAGGACUGAUGAAUGGACAUAUACCUGAGCACUGCGGUGGAAUGGAUAUGGGAGUUUUUGAGGGAUGUAUGGUCGCUGAAGAGAUCGCUUUUGGAUGUACGGGUAUCAUGACAGCUCUGGAGGCUAGCGGACUUGGUCAAACUCCCGUCAUUAUUGCUGGUAACAAGGAGCAACAGAAAAAGUAUUUAGGCAGACUGAUUGACGAGCCGUUAGUUGCUGCAUACGGUGUAACGGAACCCGGGGCCGGGUCGGACGUCGCUGGAAUAAAGACCAGGGCAGAGAAGAAGGGAGACGAAUGGAUUCUCAACGGCCAGAAGAUGUGGAUCACCAAUGGUGGUGUCGCUAACUGGUACUUCGUCCUAGCACGUACCAAUCCUGACCCCAAGUGCCCCGCCAGCAAAGCGUUUACCGGCUUCAUUGUGGAGAGGGAAUGGGCCGGAGUCACUCCAGGUCGCAAGGAACAAAACAUGGGUCAGCGUGCUUCGGACACCCGCGGCAUCACAUUCGAGGACGUUCGCAUCCCCAAAGAGAAUGUGCUCAUCGGCGAGGGUGCCGGCUUCAAGAUCGCCAUGGGGGCCUUCGACAAGACUCGCCCGCCGGUCGCUGCAGGCGCCACAGGUCUAGCAGCCCGUGCCCUCUACGAAGCGUCUAAAUACGCGCUGGAACGGAAGACAUUCGGCGUUCCCAUCGCUUACCAUCAAGGAGUGGCAUUCCUAUUGGCUGACAUGGCCACCGGCUUGGAGACUGCGCGGUUGGCAUGGCAACGCGCCGCCUGGAUGGUAGAUCACGGACAAAAGAACACCACAUUGGCGUCGGUUGCUAAGCUCCACGCUUCCGAAAUUGCGAACAAGGCUGCCUCUGAUGCCGUCCAGAUCUUCGGUGGAAACGGCUUCAACACAGAAUACCCCGUAGAGAAGCUCAUGAGAGACGCCAAGAUCUACCAAAUCUACGAAGGCACUUCCCAAAUCCAGCGAGUCAUCAUAUCAAGAGAAGUUCUUAAUGCCGCCAAGCAAAACGCUUGAAAAUACUAACUAAUAUAUUUAAAUUACAAAAAAAAUAUACCUUAUACAUUUAUACCUUUUGAUUGAUUUUGUGAUAGUUAUUGUUGUUGGGUCUUGUGAAAUGUGUGAAUGUGUACUAUUUUUAAUAUUAU